GCUGUCUCACGGGGCUAUUCCGAUGGCGCCAAGUGUUGAUCUUGCUGCACCGACUUCGUCUUCAACACCUACCAUGUUGGCUGCUGCUUCAUCAUUGUCGACGGAUCGUCCGAUGACGCCGAUGGCUCUUAUGUCUGAGGGAAGCUCUCCCCUUCGACGUAGUAAUCGUCACCCCGUCUCAGUUGACGGUUCUUCUCCGACCGACGAACAUGCUAUGGACAAGGCAAUGCGACGUCAGGCUGCACGUAAUUUGGACACCGCUCCAGGUUAUUUUCCGUUGUACGCACUCGCUUCGUACGUGGUCUACGCUACAACGAGUGGAGUACCAACCGUUGUUCAAGGCGGUGUGUAUGCGGUUGGAGCAGGUGGCUACGGAGGUUUUUACCCAACAUGGGUGGCAGCAUAAUCUCCGGAUCGG